AUUAUGAUAAUAAUCAAAAUUAUGAUAAUAAUCAAAAUUAUGAUAAUAAUCAAAAUUAUGAUAAUAAUCAAAAUUCUUAUUCAAAUGUUAAAAAUUUGUUCUCAUUAAAUAAUAACAACCAAAAUGAAGAUGCGUUUAAUAAUUAUAAAAAUAUAACUAGCAGCUUCACCACUUCUUCGAGUAGUUGUAUAUAUAGUAGUAGUAGUAAUAUAUAUAAUGAGCAUGAUUAUCAAGAAAAAGAAAAAAAAAUGGAAUCAACAAAUUGUUUAAAAGAUACACAACAAAAUGGUAUUAAUAACAAUUAUUAUAAUAAUAGUUAUGAUAAUAAUAGUUUUAAUAGUGAUGCUUUAAAUAAUGAAAUAAAUACACUUUCUCAUUCUUCAGAUAUACAUAAAAAUUUAAUAUCUAAUAUAAAUGUUAGAAGUGAUGGAAUAAGCGAUAUUAGCUUUUCUAAAAAUUCCAUUUUUAAUCAAGAUAUAAAUAAUUUUGUUCUCAUAAAUAAUGAUAAAAACAAUAAAAAUAUAAAUAAAAUAUAUAACACAAAUUAUAUAUCUUAUGCUUUUCAUAUUUUAAAACAAAAUAAAAUAAAUCUAUGCAACCUUAUCGAUGAAAAUAAAUUAUAUUAUCAUAACAAUAAUGAAAAUACUCUAUUUAUACAUUUUAAAAAUGAAUUCUUAAAAAAAGAAAUAGAAAAAAAUGUUGAUAUACCAAAUAUUAUUGUCUUAAAAAAAAUUAUGAUUAUAAAAAUUCUUUUUUUUCUUUAUAAACAUAACAACUUAUUAAUUAUUAAAUUAUAUAUUCUUAAAACAUUAUCCAUUUUAUCAAACCAUUUAAUUUAUGAAGAAGAUAUAGAAAACUUUAUAAGAAUAUUCAAUUAUUUUGUUACACAUUUUUUAAAACAAAAUGAUUUUACUAAUACACACACAUCAACUUUAUUAAAACAUGAGAAAAAAAAUAAUGUAAAUACACAUUCUACACAGUUAUUAAACAAACAAAAAUAUAAAAAAAAUCAUAAAUUUCAAAAUAUCCAAGAAAAAAAUAUAAAUGAAAUAUUAUAUAGUAAUUCAUAUAAUUCGGAUCACACAUCUUAUUUAGGAAGUGUAAUUAUGUCAUCAGAUUCAUCUACACAAGAACAAAAAAAUAAUAAAAAUAAUAAAAAAAAUAAAAUAAAUAAAAAAAAUUAUCUUAACAAUUUUGUAAGUUAUCUGUUAAAUAAAAAUCAUAUGCUCAUAUUAGAAGAAACAAAUAGCUCAUAUUAUAAUAAAAAUGUAUUAAAAAAUUUUAUACGUAUUUAUAUAACAGAUAUUAUACAUAAAUUAUUGAAAUAUAAAAACAAAAUAAUAUUGAAUUCUAUUCUUUAUAUUUUUUCAAGUAAUAAAAAUAUACCCUUCUUUAAUUUGUUCUAUAUUGUUAAUAAAGAAGCUAUUGAACAAAUUUUGAAAGAACCUUUCUUUUAUUUAACAGUAGAAAGAAAAUGUAUAAACGAUAAGGAAAGCAAAAAGGAAAACCAAGAUACUCAUAUAAAUAUUAAUCAUAAUAAUAAUCAUUUUGAAAUAAAAAAAGAAAACUAUAAACAUGAAGACCAAAAAAGUAAUAAUAUAUAUCACAUUUCUUAUCAACACUCUUACCUUAACAUUUUAAACGAACACUUUUUUCAAUCAUUCCAAUUCGAUAAUAUUAGCCUCAAUAAUGUCAAAACCCUUUUUUAUUUCUCUUUUUUUAAUUUUAUUAAUGAUAAAGAUUCUAUGAUUAUAUUUAGAAAAAAAACUCUCACAUUCUUAAAUAUUCUAAAUGAUAUAUAUUUUUUUAAAACCAACAAAUACGUGUUUUAUCGGGAAAAGUAUAAAAAUUUUUUUUUGUGUGCAGACAAAACAAAUGAUUUUGCAUGUAUAAGUCAGGCAAAUGACGUAACACGUGCAGGCAAAAUGAACGAAUUAUUAUGUACAAGUCAGGUAAAUAAAAAGUUGCAAAAUAAUGAAAGAGUGGGAGUAUUAUCAUAUAAAGAUAGGAAUAAUUUGAAGAUUGAAAGUAUGAAUGGAAAUAAAUAUAUUAAUAUUGAAGAUGCUGUUAUAGAUAAAAAAAAUAAGACAGGCAUAAAAUAUGAUAUGAAAAAUAAUGAUAUGAAUAAUAGCAAUAUGAUGCAUAGUAAUAGUGAUAACUCAAAUAAAUUUUCUGAUGAUGAUGAUGAUGGUGAUUAUUAUUAUUAUUAUUAUUCUAGUUCUUCAUGUAGUGUAUCUAUAUCAUGUGCAUCAUAUAAUUCUGUUGAUGAUAGUAGUACUGUUCAUAAUGUAUCAGAUGGUAAUAACGAAUCUGUUGAUGAUGACUUUUCAAUUUCUUCUAUAUCGAAUAAAUCAUUUAAAAAUAGGAUAAUAAAAUCAUAUGACAAUAUAUAUAAUGAAGAUAUAAAUACAAAUGAAAAUAUACAAAUGAAUUUUGAUAUAAAAGAAUGUUCAUAUAUAUAUAUGUAUAAAAUUGGUUUGUAUUGUAUAAUAUCGGGUUAUUAUAAUUAUGGAUAUAAAAUAUUUGGAAAAUUAUAUGUGAUGGUUAAUAAGAGAGAUAUAAAAUUAUGGUUAGAAUGUUUAUUAAAUUAUUGUAAAUUUUAUUAUUUAAAUAAAAGAAAACCUAAACAAAGAAAACAUUUAUAUAUAAGAAAAACGAAUGAUAAGAACAAUAUGUAUAAUAAUAUAAAAAAUAAUAGAGACGAAUUAUAUCAUAAUAAGAACGAUUUUUUUACUCACUGUAAUUAUAAUAUUGGUUAUAUAAAUCCUUCUAAAUGUUUAGAAAAAGCUCAAGAGUGUGUAAAACAAAUAAUAAGUUAUAAAGAAAAUUUUUUUCAUGUGUUCUUAUUUUUACAAAUAAAAAAAAAUAUAUAUAAAGCUAUAGAAAAUUUAAUUAUUUUAAUAAAUGAUAUAAAAGAUGAAAUAAAUUAUACUGUGAAAUAUUUUACAUAUAAUAUUCAAGAAUAUAUAUAUUUUUUAAAAAGUAUUUUCAUAUACUUAAUAUUACUAUUAAAUUUUAAAUAUGAAUUUUCAAGAUUAUCGAAAAGAAUAUUAUAUAUAUAUAUUGUAUUGAUUAAAACGUUAUAUGUUAUAUGCAUUUUUAUGAAGAAUAAAAUAAUUCCAUAUUUAUUUUUGAAUUCUUCCUUUUUAUUAAAUACACUUAUGGAUUAUAAUUAUGCAAGUGGUUCUGAACAAAAUGAAAGUGACAGUGAAGAGGAUGAUGAACGUGACAACAAAAGUGACAAUAAUAAUGUUUAUAAUAAGGAUCAUUAUAAUGAAGGCAUUUAUGACCAGGAUAAUAACAUUAUAAAUGUUAAAAAAAAGAAAAGAAAAAUGAACUUAUUUAUGUGGGGAGAUGAUUAUACAGGAUAUAAUUUUACAAGAUUAUAUUUGGAAAGAAAAAAAGAAAAGAUAAUACAAAAAAAUCUUUUUUCAAAAGAAUUGAAAGAUGUCGAUGGCAAAUCGUUUCAAGAAAUUUUUGAAUAUAUAAAAAAUUUGUGGAAAGUAUCAGGAGAAAAUUUUUUUUUUUAUUAUCAUAUACAUAAUUUAAAUGAAAUGUAUCAUAAUUUAUUUAAAGAUAAUAUUAUAAAUAAAAAAAAAAUCCUCAAUUUUUUAAAAGUCUAUCUUUUAAUUCUAAACAAAAUUAAUUAUCCGACUCCUCCUCGUUUCUUGUCAUCUCGUGCUUUUCCCUAUAUAGUUAGUCGGGCAUACAUAUACAAAUCGAACCUUGUAAAAAUGCAGUAUGAAGUGGAGUCCGUUAAAUGUAUAGGCCACUUGGAAAACGCCCAAGCUCAUAUAAUUAAACAUUUUUAUUAUUGUAAUAUUAAAUUAGUUUUGAGAAAUAAAAUUAUAAGAAAUAUAAAUGUAAAAGCUAAAGGACUUUCUAUAUUUUAUACGUUUCAUAUACAAAUACAAAACGAAGAUUUAAAGAAUUUUCAUAUAUUCAUUAUACCACUGGAUAAACAUAAACAAGUAUUGGGUCAAGCCAAGCCAACUGAUUUUUUUAUUAAAUAUAUAUAA